CACCUACUGGUUGUUAAGUGGAAACUUGAGGCAUUUUUUUUUCCAGUCUGCUUCAAGCUCCUCUGUUUGCAUCUACUUAAAAGACAAAUUAAAGCAUGAACCCCCACCCAAAUACUUCUUGUAUCAACUCUUCACAGUCAGCCGUCAAGGGAAUUCUUCGAGUCGGAGGGUUCCGUGAACAACAACCUAGCAGCAGAGUGCCUGCAGGCUUUAUAGAGAGCAUGAUUCACGUUCCAAUAAGACCCACAGCCGAACCCAAGAGUGGCACGGCGACCGGGAGAAAGGAAGCUCAGCGUCGGACUCGGCCAGGGCAACCAAAUAAAUGGAAGAAUUCAUUCAAACCGAUUGAUGAAGAAAAUCCCGACGAUGAAUCACAGGAGCAAAGCAGUAAAGAAAAGGAUGAAUUAUAUGACCCCUUUCAUCCACCUGAUUUGGAAUUGGAAGACUCGUCCAAUGAAAUCUCAUGUGACAUAGACUCCGUCUCUCCGGCUGAGCAGGAUGACAACCUUGAGUGGCACCGGUUGUCUCCGGACAGAAUCUCCCGUCCCAUCCCCCCGUGGCUGUUGGGCCAACCAUUAGACAUACGUGACUUCAGCCCUGAGAGCAGACCAAGCAAGAGCUGCGUUGAUAGUCCCGGUCGUCCUGAGCUGUCUGAGCAAAUGCCGUACAACCCGGACAUGAAAUCGAUGGGAUAUAGAUCUAUUUGUAGAUCUUUCACUCCUGAGAGGCAUAUUGAUGGCUCAUCUAGUCUACAAUAUUCUGUCUCUUUUGAAGAAAAGGGGACCACCAGAGAAGAGGAGAUGACCAGGCCUGAAUACAUAUGCACGACGCUCCCACGUGUCCGGUUAUCCUCCCCCAUGUUGCACCGGGAUAACGAAAUGGAGGAUUCCGUACAAGCAGGUUCCAUUGGAGGAGCAACUCACCAAAACCAGCAGAGGAUCCCACGUGUUCGAUUAUCCUCCCCCCCAUUGCAGCGGGAUUAUGAAAUCAAGAGGAUCCCACGUGUUAGAUUAUCCUCGCCACCAUUGCAGCUGGACUUUGACAGUCAGGAUCUCGUAAAAGAAGAACUGGAGCUCUGUGCACUGGCAAAAAGGCUAAAAAGAAAACCAAGAGAGCCUGUACGAAUGGACCAGAUAACCAUCAACUGUGACCUAUGUGGCAUCGAAGUGAGCAACGGGCAGGAGCUGGAGAAACACUUGGAAAGCAAAGCUCACUGGGACACCAUGGAGCACAUCCAGACGCACAAUACCUACGAUGAUAUCACCAUAGCCUUCCUGCAGGAUGUCAUGCUGUAUAAGAGUAUCAAGUACAGCCAAGCCAUCGAUUAUCACGCAGUCCAAGCUUUGCAGGAGAGCGACCACAUGACAAAGGUGUCAUUGUUUCACUGUGCAGCGUGCCAAGUCCUCGUAUCGACAGCGACUGCGGCCGUGCAAAAUCACAUCACCUCUCUGGACCACCUCUCCAACAGAAAGGAAUUUGAAGCGCAACAGAGACGCGCUUCACUUGACAAAGCAGAUACCAUCAUUAAAGAGUUGGGGCCUCAGUUUGAGAAUUUCAUCAAGGGUUUCAGCCACUUUGAAUGAAAACUGCCCUCGAAAGAUGAUCAUGGUGCUAUUUGCCACAAAUUGACAACAGACUUCCAUCAUAACCACAUACAGUGCUGUGAAAAGGUAUUUGCCCAUCACCUAAUUUUUUUUUUUU